AUGCCAAUCACUAGGUUCAGCACCAGCACAGGCACUGCUCGUCCCGCCGCGCUCUCUUUCGGUCAACUGACUGCGGGCUCGCGUCUCACGCUUGAAACCCUGCUCCGCAACGCUAAAAUAAGCUUCGCCGUGCGCUGCGCACCACGUGCCACCGAGGUAAACUGGAUAACCGUUGCGCGAAGGUCGCUUGUCACUAUGGUCCGCCAGGCCAGUGGGCACUGGCCGCCUGCCGCCGUGCUUUUCUUGGGAUUGCUGGCCGGCAUCGGGCCGCCGAUCGCCAGCACUGCUAAUGGGACUUGGUUAGAACGCCGCUGGGAGAGCCUGCUGUCCCGCUCCAUGUUGGCCAUCUCUAGCCAGAGGGCGGACGCCAGCUGGGAGAGCGAUUAUUUGCUAGGCAUCAAGCGCGUGAGAAGGCUCUACUGCAACGUGGGCAUCGGGUUUCACCUGCAGGUCCUCCCAGAUGGCCGGAUAAACGGCGUGCACGACGAGAACCAGUACAGUUUGAUAGAGAUUUCCACAGUGGAGAGAGGCGUGGUGAGCCUGUACGGAGUCAAGAGCGAGCUUUUUGUCGCUAUGAGCAACAGAGGAAAGUUGUAUGGAACGCCCACCUUUAAGUAUGAGUGCAAGUUCAAGGAGACCCUGCUGCCAAAUAACUAUAAUGCCUAUGAGUCUUCUGUUUACAAGGGAUUCUACAUUGCUCUCAGCAAACACGGCAAAAUGAAGAGAGGCAACAAGGCCAGCACCUCCAUGACGGUCACACACUUUCUUCCUCGAAUAUAA